AUGGAUAACGAUUCUGACGCUGAUAACCGAUCAUAUUCAGGUUCUUCAACGCUGCAAUUACUAGCGCAAUACGAUAAAUAUACCAUGGAACGGGACCGAUCAAUUGAGAGCAUUGAGAAGAAUCGAUUUUCGGAGUCAAGCCGUCCAAGUUAUGACGAUCUUUUCAAGGAGAAUGUGAAGCUUAAAUUGCAGCUCAAAGAAACUCACUUGGAAAUUGAAUCAUUAAAGAGUAUCAUUGCUCAUUUUCAAGAUAGUGGACGGUUUGAAGCUACGAAGUUAGAACAACGGGAGCGUAGCGAACCAUCUGCAUUGAUUAGAGACCUGGCGCUGCCACCUAGGUCAGCUGAUAGGAAGAGGAACACAAAAAACUUGACUUUGGGUACGUCGAGUCCGUUAUUUGCUGAUCAUUUUUCAAGUGCCUUAAGUGGUGUAGCACUUAAAGAGUUGAGUAAUUCUAGUAGACUUUCAGCUUCGUCUAGCGUUCUCGCUCCUAGAUCGGCUGAUAUUCUCGUGAGUAGGUCAUCGCCAAUCGAAGAAAAGCAGCUGCUUUCUCCUAUGAAGGCCGUUUCACGAUCUAGUUCUACAUAUUCCACUGUGUUGGGCAGCCCUGCGACAUCGGUGCUAUACAAGACUUCCAGGAUAUCAAUUAACUCUCCUGCUAAAUCUUCAGCUACUAGCAAAGCUGCGUCAACUUUGAGUCUCCCUGACAAUAUUAAUUUUGAGAAUGAAGGCAACCAACUGUCACCACAAAAGACUGAUAGGGUAACUCAACUGAUAAAAAGCGAGCUGCAAGUAUUGCAGAGAGAGAGAGUUGAUAAGAGAUCUGCCUCUCGCUCUAAUUCCCCAGGUAUCUCAGUUGACAAAACUGGUAGCAGAAGCAGAAAACCUUCGGAUUUGUCUACAGGUACCAGAGCAGAUUUGGGCAAUUUUAAAGAUAUGGUAGACAACGUUUUUAAUGAAAACGACCAGGCAGUUGAAAGUAGUGUCAAUUCCUCCGAAGAUAGUAUCAAUAAGAGCAUGGAUCACCUGAACACCCCCAAUAUAUCGAUAAAAGAUGGUGAAAAUGUUGAAACCCCUUUAACUUUAAACAGAGGAGCUGCUUCUGAUGUAUACACACAGACUCCGUUCGUUCUCACUACAUCUACUGGAGAAAAGUUAGAAUCACCAGCGGCUUCAGCUAACACUGGACAUAUGGCAUCUCUAUCGUCCACAGGUAAAUUGCCCCAAGCCGCAACACCAAGUGCCGAUCCGCAUUUAAUGUCUGCAUCUGUUGAAGGGUCUACUCCGCAUUCCAACCAGGAAGUUCGGUCCGCCGAUGUCCCACUUUUUGUCCAACCGGAGGACCUUGGUACCAUAAAGAUGGAGGUCAUAAGUACUUUGUAUCACGAACCAGGCAAUUCGGCUAACAUACUUUUUAGCGUUAUUGAUCGAAAAUCCAGUAAAGAAAUGUUCAAAUUUGCAAAAACGAUUGAUUCCGUCAUUGAAUUCGACAUGUAUAUUCGCAGCAACAUGGAUUCAUUAGCUCUUCCACCGUUACCUGAUAAACAGUUAUUUGCCACCAAUAUUCCAGUAAAAGUGGAUACAAGACGGGAAAAUUUGAACGAUUACUUUUCUAGUUUGUUAUACAUGACGAAUCUGCUUCCCGGUCCAGCUUUAAAAUUGGCUGAAUUCAUAAGUACUACUCCGGUAAUGAAUCCGGUAAUGGGUGACUACUCCAAAGAGGGUAUUUUAUUAGUACGCAAAGCAAAGACACUAGGAAGUGCUGCAUCAUGGCGGGUUAGAUAUUGUACCGUUGAAGGAAACGUCAUGUAUUUGAACGAGCAAUCUUUCGUUACAGAUACAAUAAAGUUAGCCUACAGUACCAUAGAAUUGCAAGCGAACCUGCCGGAUGAUAGAUAUGGUACAAAAAAUGGGUUUAUCAUAAACGAGCAUAAGAAAAGCGGUUUGUCAAGCUCUACAAAGUAUUAUUUCUGUGCUGAGACAUCAAGAGAACGCGAACAAUGGAUUAGCGUGCUAACUAUAAUGUGCGAUGCUCCAGGAGGAGGAAAUCUGAAUGUUAGUUUCAACAAUAGGUCCGAGGCCUCCAGUCUGGUUGACCAAGGCAGUGCCAGCGAUUCAAGUUAUCUUGGGCCUAUUGCUAAUUUGGAAGUUAAUAAUGAUAUUAACUCGCCACCAAAAAUUCCAGAUGGUACAGGCAACAUUUGCAUCCCAGAGGACGAGAAAGAAGUAAAAAGACGGCGUAUGAAGUCUUUCUUUGCAUUUAAAAAGCUAAGUAACCCAGCGCCAUACAGUUCUGGUAAUGAUAACGUUUCGAUAUUUUCACAAGAUGAAGAGGUAAACUCAACUACCACAGGUACUGAAAGCACAAUCCAUAAAUCUUUGCAGUCAAUGCACUUAUAUUCGAACAAUAAGGUAGUUUUCGGCGCAGAUUUGAAGACAGCUCUUCAGUUGAGUUCACAUGCAUAUCAAGGUAGGUACGAAAUACCAAGUAUUGUCUUCCGGACUCUAGAGUUUUUAUACAAAAACCGUGGGAUCCAUGAAGAAGGUAUCUUUAGGUUGAGUGGAUCUAGUUUAUUGAUUAAAUCGUUGCAAGAGCAAUUUGAUAGGGAUCAUGAUGUGGAUUUAUGCAACUAUAACAAGAAUGUGGUUGUUAGUCCGGAAAACGAAAACCAAGGUGGCAUAUAUGUUGAUGUCAACACGGUUACUGGUUUGCUAAAACUAUAUUUGCGGAGGUUACCCCACAUGAUAUUUGGAGAUGAUGCAUUCUCUGCAUUUAAACAAAUUGUUGACAAACCUGGAGGGAAGGACACCAAAUUUGUAGCCCAGGAAUUUAAAACGCUAUUAUUCUCAGGAAAAAUUCCAAAAGAGAAUAUCUCUCUAAUGUAUGCAUUGUUCGAGCUAUUAGUUAAAAUUAACGACAACAACAAUAUCAAUAAAAUGAAUUUAAGGAACUUGUGCAUUGUAUUUUCGCCUACCUUGAAUAUACCUGUGAAUAUCUUACAGCCGUUCAUCCUUGAUUUCGGCUACAUAUUCCAAGAUAAGGCUUUAGUAAAUAAUGGACAGAAUGUGAAUUUACAUAUACCUCUAUAA